AUGACGAGCUGGUUAACGCCAACCUUUCUUUUCAUCCUCCUCAACAUCAUGAUCGGCACCAUCUUCCUUAUCUCCCGUCUUUCUCCUCCCAAAACGCCACAUCACCAGCAAUUUGGGUAUAACUCAGCCCCACCACUCCAGCGAGCUCCGUCACUCCUCGACCGCGUCAAGUCGAUCAACUUUUCAACGUACAAAUUUCCUUUUUCAAACCAAGACUUCGAUCAUCAUCUCCAACCUGCAGACAGCUUAGCAGCCAAUCCGCUCGAGCGAGCCCCGUCAAUUCUCGAACGAGUCAAGUCCAUCGACUUCUCCUUCUACAAAAAUUCUCCUCAAAAUCCAGAAACGGGCUAUAUUCAGCCAACGGAACACGACUACACUAACCCACAACCCCUCGGCCGAGCACCGUCUCUCUUAGAGCGAGUAAAGUCCAUCGAUUUCACCUCCUUUUACCGAUCGGACUCCGUCAAAUCAAACCAACCAACGGAACCCCUUGUAACUGAAGAAGCGGAUUCGGAUACGGAUAUGAGUCCAGUUCAUGGUCAAGUAAAGAGAAUCCAGUCAGAGUCUAAGAUAAGACAAAGGAAAUUACCAGAAAAUAUGAAGAAAUCAGCAAGUGAGAAUUCGAGGCGCAAGGCGGAAGAAGAAGAAGAAGAAGAAGAAGUGGAGAGAAGACGACCAGCGACUACACGGAUCGAAAAAACGGUAUCGUUGGGAGAUGGUGAUCAGAGUGUGGAUGCAAAAGCUGACGAUUUCAUCUACAACUUUAAAAAGCAACUUAGGUUGCAGAGGUUGGAUUCUCUCUUGCGUUACAGGGAUAUGCUUAAGGGCAAGUAA